AUGGCUCGAUUCCUGCGCCAGGGGACCAUCUGCUGUGUGUCUCUGGCGUCCUCAGACCAACCCAAGGUCUAUGCGCACCGGGGCUGCCCCGUCAGCUGCGGGUCGCUGCCUGGAGAGCUGCGCGGGGCAGGGUCAUCGCGCCCGUCCUCGCGUGUGGCAUCGCAGGAGGAUGGUGUGAAGGACCGUCCUAGGUUGGGGAACCUGGACCCCAACACCGUGGAACUGGAGACCCAGCUCAGAGCCAUUGUACACUUGGACCCAACGAUGCGCAAGUUCCAAGUGGACAUGACCUUCGACGUGGACACAGCCCACAGGCGUCAUUUCCAAGGACCAGAGGAGUGUCCGGUGCAGGCGGGUGAAGCAGGCCGUGGGGAAACACGCGGAGAGAUUCACUCGCUCCGUCUGCGUCCUGGGCUCCUGUCGCUUCACCUGUGGCCGCCACUACUGGGCAGUGGACCUGGGCACCAGCCAGGAAUGGGACGUGGGCAUCUGUCGAGAGGCUGUGAAUCGCCCCCGGGACAUGGUCCUGUGCACACAGCUGGGCUUCUGGACGCGAGCUGGAGGCAGGGCCGCUGCUUCUCGGCCAGCACGGAGCCUCCGGCCUCCCUGAGGGCCAGCAGCCCACUGGCCAGAGUGGCCGUUUUCCUGGACAUGCACGCAGGCAGGUUGUCCUAUAACGCGGGGGACGAGGCCCACGUCUUCACCUUCACCGAGGUGUCAGCGGCAGAGCCUCUGCGCCCUUUCUUUUAUCCUUCCCUUCCCAGAGCUGGGGACCACAACUGCCUGAGUCUCCCUCCUGGGCAGGAGGCUUCACCCAAAUCCUAG